AAAUAUUAAUUAAAUUUACAAUUAAUAAUAAUUAGCGUGUUGUGUACUUGUGUUAGAUAUAAUAUAAUGUGCAAUAUGAAAUGACACGUACGUACUUAUUUACACACACCAAAAAUUACUGCUACUGCUACUGUUACUGUAUCUAACAUUACAUCAACAAUGAUUUCUCGGCGCUGUAAUUUAUUUAAAAGCCAAUUUAGAAAUUUAUCGGUGAAAAAAUUCAGCAGUCUAACACAAGAAGUAGUUGAAAAAGAAACAACGCUCCAAAAAUGGGGUAAACAUUGGAAAGGUGUGUAUCAAGAUUACAAGGACGUGGCGAUUGAUUUAAAAAAGAAUUGCAAGGAGCGACCAAUCCGUGCAUUAAUAAAACUAGCAAUGAUGGGCGGCUGCUAUUAUUUAUAUCGUACCAACCCAGACGAAGCUUCAUUCAAAGAAGCUCUAUUGCAAAAUGAGGCGCGCCUGACAUUUGUCGGCGAAAGUAUACGCAACCCUGUGUCUGUAAAGCACGUAGAGCACAUGAGUGAAUGUUUAAAUGAGAAUAUCAUCAGGAGGUUAACUUUGGGUCUAGUGUCAUUUAUUUGGUUGGACAAUUACAGUGAUAGUUGUGCGCUAUAUAAAACAACGUGCACCUAUUUGAAGCCAAAGUAUCUUGAAUUCCACCAUAGGAUAGUUGACGUGGGCUUCCUCGGGAAGUGGUGGGUCUUAGACCAUAAAAUGAAAGAUUAUGAUAUAAAUGAUAGCGAGUUUCAAUAAAAAAUAUAGUUUCAUUCAUUUUAUCACAAAGUCAAAGGUCUUCAGGCACUUGGAUUAAGAUUCUGAAAAUAAAUAUAUUUAAUUAAUAAAUAAU